AUGAAGUGGAUCAUACUCAGUCUUGCUGUGGUUGGCAUUACUGCUUCAUCCAUUCAGUUUACUUCGCUCCCGAAAUCCAUUACACUUUCUGGAAAUGUUUUGAAAUCUUCAAAAGUAUCCGAUCUUAAUGCCAAUAUUUUGGGACUCACAACUAACCCUGUGCAAGGCAUUGAAAUUGAGACUGAUCUUUUCAGUAGACCUCAUGCUAUUGCUGCAUUUUAUGUAGAAGGAGUUGAUACUGUGAGCGAUAAUGCACAAUCUUUUACUUUAGAGGACAACGGGUUGGACCUCAUCUCUUUAGAUUCAAAGUUGGCCCUAACUUUUGGAGCUGAUCGUGAAUUCGCCCAAACUAGCAGAAGCGGAGUAAGUGGUUCUUCAAUCGCCGGGCUCGCUACCGAACAGACAGUUGAUGCAUCCAUUAUCAAAACAAAGAUCGAGAGUCUCCGUUCUGAGCUAGUGCAAGUCUACAAGUUGGCUAAAGCGAUCCGCUCUCAAAGUGCUAAAUUCGAAAUUUCUGAAACCGCUGACGUCUAUCGCGUAGAUAUUAAGAGCUUGUCCGGUUUGAAUCUCUCCGAUGAUGAACGUGCUACUGCUAUUGCUGAUAUCAACAAUGCUGUUCAAGAACUCACUUCUGCACUUUCUAACGUUUACGGCGAACAAGUAGUUGUAGAGAUCAUUGCCCUCUCUUCAGCCAUCAAAAACGCUGAAGUUGAAAAUCACAAAAUCUCGAAAAGAGAUGUAACUCCUGUUACUGCUACCGAUCAGAAACUCGCUCAGUACCGUAAAACUUUCAAUGUUUCUGUCUUCACUUCAUCAGAUUACCCAGCAAUCUUCGCUAUCUUCCUCGGAACUAGUUUAGCCUUAGUCCUCGCUGUCCUUUAUGCCACUGUUGGAAUGAUGACUAUGGAC